UCCACCGCGGCCGCUGCCCUGGCUGCCGCCGCCUCUCUAACCCGGCUCUGCCCGGGCAGCUUCCCCUCCAGCGGGGGCGGCGCCUGCAGCCACCCCCGAGGAGCCGGGCUGAGCGUGCCUGCCGCUUCUUCGGACGGAUCCGUUCACGGAAGCGCCCAGCCAGCCCUUCUCCGGCCCCGCGGGAGCCCGGGCAAUCCCGCCCCGCUCGCUCUACCGCCGCAGCAGGGCGGGGGGAGGGGGGAGGGGGCUUGGCGGUGUGUCGGUCCGCCGUGAUUUACGGCUCUGCUGCAAACGGCUUUUCCCGCAGCCGCCUCGGAUGCGCGGCGCAGGAGGCGCAGCGAGAGCGCGGGGCCGCCCGGAGGGAGCGAGGCGGGGGCAGCCGCGGCGGGACUGCAGCAGCAGCGGCCGCUCCGGAGGACGGGGAAAGGAAUGCAACAGAAGGCCUUUCAGGACAGCAAAUCCACGUGGGAGGAGUCGCUGGAAGAUGCAGGGGCCCGGAGGCCCUUCCGCUGCCCCCGGUGUGGGGAUCACGCCCGGUUCAGGAGCUUGUCGUCCCUGAGGGCCCAUCUGGAGUACAGCCACGCUUUCGAAGACCGAAGCCUCCAGCCCUCAGGAGGCCUCUUCUCUCCCCUCAAGGGGGGCCGGGGCUCCUCCUCCUCCCGCCCCCGGACCCAGGGCACCUUCCGGGAUGGGGGCAGCGGUGUGCUGAAUCCACGGCUCUCCUACCUGAACUUCUGCGAGCCGGAGGACCCGCUGCCCAGGAGGCCUCUGGCCGGGGAGGCGGAAUGGCCGGCCGACCUGGGCUCCGGCCAUGCCUCAGCCGAGCCGGCCUGGGACCCCGCCUGGAAGGCCGUGGAGCCCGGCGCUUCCUUCGAGGCCCACGUGCGGGAAAAAUUCAACCACAUGGUGGAAGCCGUCGACCAGACCAUCGAGAGGCGGAUGGAGAACCUCUCCCGGGAACUCUCCCGAAAGACGGCCCAGCUCCUGGAGGUCCGGGCGGCCUUUGUGCAGCUCUCCCAGAAGAAGCAGGAGGUGCAGCGGCGUGAGAGGGCCCUGAACCGGCAGGUGGACGUGGCGGUGGAAAUGAUUGCGGUGCUGCAGCAGCGGCUCACCGAGUCGGAGGAGCAGCUGCACCGCAAGGAGGAGGAGGUCAUCACCUUUAAUCACUUCCUGGAGGAAGCGGCCGAGAAGGAGGUCCGCGGGAAAGCCCGGCUGGAGCGCUUCAUCGAGAACCUGCUGCAGAGGGUCGACCAGGCAGAGAAGCAGCUGGAGAGGUUCCAGCAUCAGCAUCUGCUGGGCAGCUCCGGAGACCUCGGCGAACAUCUGUUUACAGAUCUGUCAUCUCUCAAGAAAGCCAGAUGCCUCUGGGGGUACCCACACAGUUUUUGUAGCCCCCCUGACCCCAAACCUCACUCGCUUCAGAAAGGGCGGCUCUUCCUGAAGAAAGCCAAGGAUGACAGACUCGGAGGCGGCGCUCACACCGUCAAGUGGUUGUAUGAACCCGCGGACAGCUGCCGGGACCUUGGGAGGCCCCAGAAGAAGGCAGAGGCAGCCAACCACAUUGCCCGAAAGGUGAACGCAAAAUCAAAAAUUGGCAAAAAGAGCAAACCGCUUUACUGAGGCAUCCACAUAUGCCUGGGGUACGCACACGUGCGUGUGUGGAUUUGUGUGUGUAUGGUAGAGAGAUCAGUAUGUUCUGACUUAGUUGGCUUUUGAUCAGAAUCAGAAGCUCCUGGCUGGGACCCUCUGGGGCUGUGCUGAGGUUGGCCUGAAGGGCCCAUGGCAAUUCCAGGGUGCAGCCGUCGCUGCCCAUCGAGGGGGGAGUAAUUAGGGGAACUGGCUUCCCAGAAGCUGCACGUAGCAAACCAUCAUCAUCCUCAUCUCCCUAUUCAUCUGGGCAAGGACUUGAUAUAUUUAAGAGAUAAUCAAGAUUACAUGUGUAAAUUGCCUCAUUUCCAUGUGACUUUGAAUGAGAGGUGCUGUUUUAUUUAUUUUCAACAGCUUAUUUCAGCUGAAGCUGAAACAAAUUGAGUGUUUCAAUUUGUUUCUAAACUUGUUCCGGUUGUUACCAGAAUAUCACAAAGGGACGCUUUGGCAAGCAAUUUCAACAUAAACCCUUUUCCUGCGUCAAUCUGGAGGAAUCCAUUCCGCCUGGCACCCUGGAACCCCACUUUUUGUUUUGGGGGAAGGGCAGCUGGGCAGGGGUGAGGUGGGUCCAGAAAUGGUGCUCCUUCCCCCCUUCCCAGCUCCAUCGCUUCUCCGUGAUUAGUGUGGGGGAGACCCAGGUCGUCAACGCCUUUGCGGGCUGCAUGUUGUUGAGAUGCUUCCCUGUCGCUCCUUACAGCACAGAGGCUUUGCACAAGGUCGUCAUACGGUAUGCAUGGAGGGUUCCUAAAAUCUUCCCCCAGGGACCAAAGUUUUGGAAGAUCCUGCUGUCCCCUUGUGGGGCUUCCACAUUCUCACCCAAGGGAGGUGGCUGCUCUUGCAUGGGGAGGCUCUGAUGAAUGACAGCCAAACUCUCCCUAGACUUCAGCCAUUUAACAACAUGUGAUUGCUGGGUGAUUGGUGCGUGUGUGUGCGUGCGUGUGUGUGUGUGUGUGUGUGUGUGUGUGUGUGUGUGUGUGUUAAUGCCAUUGCUCAGAGGGCCGGCUGCCGACACGAAGGGCAAGCAGAAGCAUCUGGCUGUUCCAUUUGCAUGGCUCUGCCUGCCUGGAGGGGAGGCAGGAGGGGCCUGGCUGUGCCUGAUGCAUCGCAGGCUAAGCUUGUCCAAGGGCAGUGGUGGACGCAGGACGUUGGCCCCAGAUGCUGAGCCAGCAGCCGCCCAUCCCGGGUCUCUUGGCCACCGGAGCAAGGAAACCAGCAGCAAAGUUCUCUCUGGUCCAGGUCGGGAGACAAGACCAAGGAGCAGAAGCCGCCCACCCACCCAUCCCUGGUCUCUCCAGGAGCUGCUGAAUUUGCCAAAGAAAGAGGGGGGGAAAUGGGGAAUUUCACUGGCAAAGCCUCUGGAGAUCCCUUCCCUUCGGCCACUGGGUCUCCGUUGCUCUGGGUGGCUGUGCUUGAGUAAUGCUAGUCCUCAUGCCACAUUUACAGAUAUUUUACCUUCUCUUGAGUGCGAGAAACAUACUCCCCGAACACAUGUCACUCAUUUUUAAAUGAUUCUGAUAAAAGAUGUAAAAUGUCUUUACGUGAGGUGGUUCUACAGUAAGCAUAUUAAGCCUUGUGGAUUGUUUUCCUUACAAGAUUGAAAUUUAUUUAGGAAAAACGUUGGUAUGAUUGUGGCAAUAAAACAGGGUUUGCAAUAUCUUUAACAGGUGGAAAAACAAGCAAGAGCAUUUGUAACUGUAGGGAUUGAUCAAUCUGUUAAAAUGUUGGUUCAUUUUAUAACGUCAAGGGAUUUUUUUGGCACAUGUCCAGCUUCUGUUUCAAUUGAUAUUUCUAUCCCUGGAGGCUGUUUCAAAUAGACCCCAAAUAUCCCAGUUGUAGCCGUGCUUACACCUCUAACCUGCACAGAUCUAGAGAACCUUUAGAUGGGGACAUUGUGUUGGAAUUUCUAUUUCCAGUUGCCUUCCUCCACUGGUUGGCCAGCAGGGGGCAGCCCCAGAUCUGGUGGCCCUGAAAGCAAGUCUCCCCCCCCCCAAAGCCCCCAUCUUAU